AUGGAGGGUGACUUGAGACUAGACCCAAACAACAAUGAGAUCCGAGUGCUACACCUUGAGCCCAAUACAGACCCGACUGAAGCGGAUACCGUGCGUGGCGACGAGCUCAACCCCAUUCGCUGUCGUCGUCAAGUCGUAUCUCUGCAAUCUUUGAAGCCGGGUGUCGGUGCAAGUCCACAGCUCACACUAGAAGCCAUACAGGCGAAGUAUCGCGCAGUUCACCAAAUUUGGGGCGAUGCAUCAUCUGGGACGAGCGCUCAUCCAGACUCGGAAUCCGACCGAUUCGAAUGGGGAGACUUUGCGGCGCUCUCAUAUGUCUGGGGCGAUCCGGCAGCACAAGAGAUCAUCAUGGUCGAUGGUCAGCCAACAAAGAUACAGAAAUCCCUUGCGUGUGCUUUUCGAUACCUGCGUAUGAAGCAACCUAUUCAGGAUGGUCUAAAGCUCUGGGUUGACGUCUUGUGUAUCAACCAGAAUGACCCCAUCGAGCGCAAUGAGCAUGUCCUCCGGAUGGGCAGUAUCUAUCAGCAGGCGAAACAAGUACUGUAUUGGCUUGGGGAUGCGGACGAAGCCAGCAACCACGCGCUGGACCUUAUAUCUCGAGUUGCCACAGAGUGGCGCAAAAACGCUCAAGAUCGAUGGCAAUUUUCUCUGCGCGAACUUAGGCCAGACCUAUGCCGAAGUCAGGGAUGGCUGUCUAUCCUAAAAUUCAUGCGAAGGUCCUUCUGGCGGCGAGUCUGGAUUCAGCAAGAAGUAGCCAUGGGUAGAGCCGACAUGCCAUUGCUUUGCGGUCACAAAGCGAUAGCCUGGGGCGAAUUACACGAGGCUCUUUAUCUUGCUGCUUACAGAGAUUUAGGACACGUGGAGACUCUGCUGGCAGACGAGAUCACCAGAGACAACGGACCGACCUCACAUUUGUGGAAUGCAGAUCCUCUGAGAAGGGAUCAGGUCUAUCAGCUAAAUACUAUCCAGCGCAAGUUGCGAAAGCUCACAGCAAUUGCAGAUCGAGAGGCCUUGUUGGCACAUCGUAUAGCCGCUGUCCUUCACUUCAGUCGAUCCUCUGAGGCAAGCAAUGACCGUGACAAAGUAUAUGGUAUAGCUAGCUUACUCCCAAGCGCCGUCACGUCCUUGAUGCUGGUGGACUACCAGCUGUCGGUUGAACAAGUAUACACGUCGUUCACCAAAGCCGUCAUCCGAGGCAUCCAAGCGCUCGACAUCUUGGAUCACUGCGUGCUCACGGCAGAUCAGCAUACGCCUAGUUGGGUACCCGAUUGGAGAAUAUCAGGUCACGCUCGCUUGUUUGGCGGCAUCAAGUAUAUAAAACCCCGGAAGGCAAGCCUUGAUAUUAAGCCAGUCACGCACUUUAAUGAUGCCGAGGAGUUGCUGACAGCCGAAGGCUGCAGGAUCGACAUUAUUGACGGCCUAGGUAAGUCGUCAGACUCUACCAACGUGCAGUACAACGUUCAGCGCCAGUUGUUCCAGUCGCGGCGGUCAGCGUCAAUGUAUGAGAACAGUCCUGAAAAUAUAUGCGAUGUGCUAUGGCGUACGUAUACAGCGAAUAUCAACAGAAAUGGAGAUCCUGCUCCAGAGUAUUUCGCUGAUCUUCUCGAUUUGUACGGCGGCAGCGCAAACAGUACUGGUUCGGACCUAGCCGGUGUCUCUCUACAACGUCUCCACUGCCUCGGGGAAGUGCUGAGAGACACCGCAGACCUUCAGUUCGCAGGCAAGCCAAUCCACGAACACUUGUCCGACCGUUCGAGCGCUCCGAGGAGAGUAAAAGGAACCAUGACGAGCCUUGGACCAGCACUAGAGCGUGUCCACAGAACGUUCAUCAACAGGCGCCUCGCUGUUACAAUUAAAGGCUAUCUCUGUGUAGUGCCAAACGCGAGCUUGCCUGACGACGUUAUUGUUGUGUUGUUUGGAUGCUCUCUACCCGUCGUUCUUCGCCCUGACGAGGUGAGCGGUCACUGGACUGUGGUUGGCACGUGCUACUGCCAUGGGGUCAGUCAGGGCGAGGCAAUGGAGCGGCUCAGCGACGGUGGAUUGCAGGCCGAGAGCUUUGUCUUGCAGUAG